UUUAGAAGAAACAAUCUACAGAACUGGGACUAUUUCUUUGCACCUAUGGCAUUUCAUUUCCAGGACCGUCGACGCAGCUACCUGGAGCCUAUCGAGCCACUGCUCUACGCUGUUUGGGCACUGCGUGUCUGCCUCAUCAAUGCCCUCCGUUCUGGUGACUACGGCAUUCUCGUCCAGUACAAGCGGCUGCGGGACCUUGCCUUUGUUUUGUGGUUCCAAACGCUUAAUGAGCAUUUUCUUCGAUUUGAGUCCAGAACAACCAUUCCCGAUCUUGUUGCUGCCGCCCAUGGCACUGUUCUCGACCUCGGUCCGGGUUUAGGUAAUCAGCUCACUCGGUUUGAUCAACAUCGCGUUGAAUAUAUAUUCGGCAUUGAACCAAACGCCGCGUUCCGCCCAGCGCUGCAGACGCAAAUUGCCAAGUCGAACUGGACGGACCGGUAUACGCUGAUCACAGCUGGGGAAGGUUUUGGUAGCAUCCAAGGCGAUGAGAAGCCGUGGAGUAUGCUACCACGGGUCUGGGGUGAAUUAGUUAAGCCUGCUAGAUCAUAGUU